AUGCCACCAAAGCAAAGUGCCAUUGGUCGAUCUACAAAUCAUGCAAAAAGGAGAAGAGAAGAACGAGCUUCAGAAACAAGUGAGCAGAGACAAGCUAGGCAAGAAAGAGAGCGAGAUCACACUGCUCUAGCUCGAUCAUUAGAAACGAGUGAACAGAGGCAAGCAAGGCAGCAAAGGAAUCGAAUUCGUGGGACACAGACGAGACGAACGAUACAUACUGAUUUGAAUUUGUGUGGUUUCAAUUACAAUCCCCUUUACAAUUACAGUCUUCAUCCAAGUGUAAUUAUUGGAAAAAUGGACAAAAAGUGUACGUAUUGUGGUGCUCAAAAAUUUAAAAAUGAAACACCAGGUAUGUGCUGUGCAGGUGGAAAAGUAAAGUUGCCAAACUUGCGUACACCACCUGAACCAUUACUAACUUUAGUAUCAGGUGAAACAAGUCAAUCAAAAAUUUUUUUGAAAAAUAUACGCAAGUACAAUUCAUGCUUCCCAAUGACAUCGUUCGGAGCAACGAACAUCGUUAGCGCAAAUUAUAUGCCAACAUUUAAAGUACAAGGGCAAAUUUAUCACCAUGCUGGAUCACUACUACCCUUGCCAAAUGCUGAUCACAAAUAUCUUCAGAUAUAUUUUAUGGGAAAUACUGACGAACAAAUCAACAGACGGUGUCAACUGAAUAUGAGUACUAAACGAGAGGUUGUCGCUGAAUUACAAAAUUUACAAUUCAACGCACAAACGAUUGACGAAGUGGCAAUUGUCAUAGUUGGUGAAGAAUUUACUUCUCGCGACAUAAUUCUUUAUCGUAGAAAUGGUGAAGUCCAUAAAAUAUCAGAAACGCAUCGUUCAUAUGAUGCAUUACAAUAUCCCAUUCUAUUUUGGCAAGGAGAGGAUGGAUAUCAUUUUAAUAUUAAUAUGAGAAAUCCUACAACUAAUGUGGACAUUAACAAAAAGGUCAGUGCUAUGCAUUAUUAUGCAUAUCGAAUGAUGAUUCGUGAGAAUGCUGAUAAUCAUAUAUUGAAAUGCAGACAAUUAUUUCAUCAAUACAUUGUUGACAUGUAUGCAAAAAUAGAAAGUGAAAGACUCCUCUACAUACGACUAAAUCAAGUCAAAUUACGUUCUGAAGAGUACAUCCAUUUACGUGAUGCAGUUGUAAAUGAUGGUAAUCUCAGUGAAUUUGGAAAAAUGGUCAUUUUACCAUCCGCAUAUACAGGCAGCCCAAGACACAUGCAUGAAUAUGCACAAGAUGCAAUGACGUAUGUGCGUGCAUAUGGUCUUCCAGAUUUUUUCAUCACAUUUACAUACAACCCAGCAUGGGAUGAAAUAAAGCAGCUUUUAUUAACUGGACAAUCGCCAUAA